AUGAAUGCUGAAGUUCUUAGGAAGCAAAAGCUUGCUUCAAUGAGAGUUUACACGAGAUUCCUUGCACAGUCUGAGAAACCUGAGGAGGUCCGAGCAGAACAGGACGAGCUCAGGCCGCUCUCAGGCCUCGCCCUCGCUCCUGUGGUCGAUGGGGAUUUCCUCCCAGACACGCCAGAGAAUCUCUUUGCCAACGCUGCUGACAUCGACUACCUGGCCGGGGUCAAUGACAUGGACGGGCACAUCUUUGCCGGCGUGGAUGUGCCCGCCAUCAACGGCCCGCUGCGGAAAGUCACUGCGGACCAGGUGUACAAUUUGAUCAAAGGCCUCACCGUGGACAGGGGCGAGGCUGGAGCCAACGCCACCUACAACAUCUACACACAGAGCUGGGGUGACAAACCCAAGCAGGAGGUCGUGAAGAAGACAGUGGUGGAGCUGAUCACUGACUACAUCUUCCUGAUUCCCACACAGGUGGCACUGGACCUGCACCUGCAGAAUGCCAAGAGUGGCAAGACCUACAGCUACUUGUUCUCGCAGCCGUCCCGCAUGCCCAUCUACCCCAGCUGGGUUGGGGCAGACCAUGCUGAUGACCUGCAGUACGUGUUUGGGAAGCCCUUUGCCACCCCGCUGGGCUACCUGCCCAAGCACAGGACUGUCUCAAAGGCCAUGAUUGCUUACUGGACCAAUUUUGCCAGGACUGGUGAUCCCAACAAAGGGUAUUCGGAUGUGCCCGUUUCCUGGCCAGCCUACACCAACAAGGCCAAAUACUACCUGGAUAUCAACAACAAGCUGAAGCAGGACCUGAGAUCACGCUUUGUGACCUUCUGGAACUCAGUCUAUCUGAAUCUGCCACAAGUUGCCAACAUCUCCCAGUCAGAGUUAAUGUUCUGAAGCUAAGAAAGAAACAGCUUUUAGAGAUCAUUAAAGGCUUUCUUGUAACUGAG